CGCCGUCGUCCCCAAAUCCCUAUAAAUUGAAUCGCGAAGGAACAAGACGCUCUCUCUGUUUCUCCCUCGCUUCGUCUCCCCCCAAAUUCCUCCACCCCGCCGAUCUCUUCACGUCCACUGCCUCCUCCUCCGAUCGCCCUCGGAUCCUCCCUCCGCAAUGCCCGUUAUCCCAGCGGGCGCAGAUCGAUCCAGGAAUUAGGGUUUCCUCCCGGAACCCUAGAAAUCGUUCUCGCCUCCGAGCGAUUCCAUUUCGGAGGGUCGUGGGUGAGAAGAAUCUCACCUUUUUUACCUGUCUGACGCCAUGGAGGCUCCCGUGGGCCUCAAUGGAACCAUUCCCGUGUCUGCCUCCCAGGCGGCGAGAAAGGAGUGGCGCGCCAUGCCGGACCACUCUUAUCGGAGCAAUGGAGGCGAGGAGAGAGAGCAUCUUAAUGUGAACCAAUCAGCUGAGAGGACAAUACAUGAGGUGCAGGUUGGUUCGGGACGCCAGGACGUGGAAUUCUGUUCACUUACGAUUGAUGUUGGUAGUCAAAUAACUGACGCUAUGUUGCAAAGGAAGCUGCAAGAGAUCUCAAGGCUGAGAGAACAACUUCAGCAAAUGGAGAUUGAACUUGCUAGGACGAUUGCUAGGUCUGAGGUGCUAGAAAUGCAAAAUACUUAUGAAGUAAAGCUCAAGGAGCAGAUUGACAUCAACAACAAUCUCAAGGAGCAACUUCGCGAAAGGGAAAAACGUUUACUUGAACUUGAGAGGAAAGUGGAAGAGAAAGAGAGGGAGCUACAUACUAUGAAAAUUGACAGUGAAGCAGCAUGGGCUAAAGAAGAUCUUCUUAGGGAGCAAAAUAAAGAGUUAGCCAACUAUAGAAGGGAGCGUGAUAACUCUGAAGCUGAAAGAGCACAGCACCUGAGUCAAAUUCAUGAUUUCCAAGAACUCAUUCAAGAUAAAGAGGGUCAAAUCCUUGCAUUGCAAGAGCAGCAUCGAGUUGCACAAGAAACUAUUCAUUUCAAGGAGGAACAGUUGAGAGAGGCACACACAUGGAUUGCACGUGUUCAAGAAAUGGAUGCUCUGCAGUCAUCCACCAACCAGUCCUUGCAAGUUGAGCUACGAGAACGUAUUGAGCACGUUAACCAAUAUUGGAUCAGUAUUCAACGGCAGUUUCUUGAAAUGGAACACCAUCAUAUGCAAGCUAUACAACAACUUCAGCUGGAGUUGGCUGAAGCAAGGGGAAAUAAUGGGAAACAUAAAGAUGGGUCACAAGUUGCCCGGGAGAACUCAGUGGAUUCAUCUAAUUCUAAUGCAAGCCAGAUUAAUGUGAUAGAUGGUGGAAAAUCAAACGCUCAGCUGGGUUUCUCAUCUAAUGGAAGUGUAGAUGGGACUUCAGCCUAUGUUUCAACUUCCAAUCCCUCUUCUAAGCAGCCUGAGCAUGUUCCUGAUGUUCCUCUAGUACCCUCCACCCUAAUGGGAAUGAAUAGCUUCAUUCCUCCAGGACAGAUAGCUUCGCUGCAUCCCUACAUGUUGAAUCCACUGAGUGUUCCUCACCCAGCAACAUCCACCAAUUUGCACAUUCCCCAAUCUCACAUGGAUCCUUAUCAAUCAAUUCCUAUAAUUCCAAAUCAUCAACAAUGGCAAAAUCAGCGAGUACUGGCCCUCUCGGAUGUCUCUCAGAUACCUAAUGAGAGCAAGCAUCCGUUAACUCAAACACAGCAUGGUCUUUUAGGAUCAGAUACCCAUUAUAGCUUCAAUCUACCUGGUGAAUUAGGGGCAGUCCACCAGGAGCAUCUUAGCAGCCACGGCGACAAACAAGUGCCUAGCCAUUCAGGCAAUGGUUCAAGCGAAGAAGUACAGGUGCUCAGAUCUAAUAUUAAACAGUCCUCAGUUACCCAACAAUCUCAAGGUACACUUGAUGCACCUUCGCAUUUGGAUUCUGCUAGCGAAUACUACCCAUCAGAUAAGAAGACAGAAAUCAAGGCUGAGGACGUUUUACCAUCAGAGAACAAAUCACUGGAGGAAGGGCUAAAAUCUGGACAGGAGUGGCCUGCUUCAAGUGUCACAAUAUCAACUAGACAAAUCUCUGUCAGUUCAAAUGGUACUGCAGAGUCAACUAUCUUUGCUCCACCGGUUUCAAAUACUUUAAUGCCUAGUAACCCACCGUUAGAGCCCAAACUUCUUGAUGAACGAUCACUGUUAGUUUGCAUUGUUCGUGCAAUUCCUGCUGGAUCAGAUGGAAAAAUCAGAAUCAGUACAACACUACCAAACAGACUUGGCAAAAUGCUUGCACCUCUGCAUUGGCAUGAUUACAAGAAGUGUUAUGGAAAGCUUGAUGAAUUUCUUGCUCAUCACCCUGAGUUAUUUGUUAUUGAAGGGGAUUUUAUCCACCUCCGUGAAGGAGCACAACAAAUCAUAUCUGCAACUGCAGCUUUUGCGAAAGUUGCUGCUGCUGCUUCGGCAUCUUCUGCUCCUUACACAUCUCUGUUGUCUUCUGUUGCCGUCACUCCAGUUGCCCAAGUCAAUCGUCAAAAAGUGACACAAUCAAUUGAAUCAAAAGCUGCAAUCUCUGUGCCCUUGGCAGAUGCCGUGGCCAUGGCCAAUGCAGGAGUCCAAAGUGACACACCCACUCAGAUUUUAACAAGACAGGAUCCCCGACCAAAUGACGCCAGAUCUAAUCUUAUUCAGGGCCUAUCCAAUGUAACAAUAUCUAAUAAGUUAAAGAACGUCCAAGAAGCUAAUGCCUUGCCUUCUGGAGCCAAACUUGGCAAUGUAUUUGUGCACUCUGCGGUUGGAAAUACAUCAAAUCUCGAUAGAACCAAUUUAUCUUGGCAAAACAAAGGGACUGGCAAUGGAAGACACAGCUUGGGAGGGAAGCAGCUGGGAAGGUCCUCUGGGUCCAACAUGAUCUCCCGGCGAUAGAACUACUGGUGAGAUGGAAAAGCUGCCCAACAAGACUCUGAAGAUUGUUCUCUGAUUAAAGUUGUGGAGAUCUUUUCAUGGAUUUGAUAAAAGGUUGUCAUUUUUUAUUCCCAUUCACGUAAAUUUUUGCUGAGUUCUCUGUACUCAGAUUCAUGUUUCAAACUGGAAAGCAAGAGGAAAGAGAAAAGAAAAAAAAAAAAAUCAUGCAACUAUUACUAAUACUCGAUCUGCUUCUUGAACCUUGAUAGAUUGGCAUUUGACCUCUUUGUCAAGUUCAGCCUUUUCGACGAUUCUGUAAUUUACUCGACUUUAUACUAGAAUAUGUUGAGAAAUGAUUCGAGUAUUUUUUUUUAA